UGAGUUUCUGCAGUAGGGGCUUGGCGGGGGAGGGGAGGCCUAGGGGCACCACCAGCCGCCGACCUCUGGCUCUGUCCUCCCCCUUCCUGCCUUUUCCGUCCUUCCAGAUGUGCCAGGGCCGGGGCUGAACCUUGGUGACACCUGCAUUUCCCUGGAACCCUCCUUCUCCCCCAGCCCAUCUGUUUAUCUCACCUUCCAGAUGUUCCUUUUCAUCAGGCUGUCGCUUCUUGCCAGGGAAAGAGCACUCCAUUUGGAAGAGGAGCCGGGUUUCAGACUUUGGCCCUUCCACUGCGUUGUUAAAGUGCCCGAACCUCAAUUGUCCCCGUAGUUAUUUUUGCCUUGUCCCACCUGGUUUUGAAGAUCCAUAUGACCCAGAGAAAUAGAAAGGAAAUGAACAUUUGUUCAGUUCUUGCAAGGCCAGGUACCAGGGCAACUUUUAUCUGCCCCAUUUAGUCCUCACUACUUGAUGUUCCUAGAACUCCCAUUUCGCAGAUUUCCUUUUCACUCACACAGGUUCGCUGAUUUGUCUCCUUGAGCCAGUGAGUGGCAGAGGAUUUCAGUUGAGUUUAGCUCCAAAGUGAAGUUUUUUUCGUCUUACUUGUCUUACUUGUCUUACUUGUCUGGACUCUCAGCUGGAACCCUGGCCAAACCGUAGCCCCGGAACAGCUGCUUCCUGAAUUUCUCCCCUGGAGAAUUCUCCUUUUUGAGUUCCUUUUUCCUGCACAGCAUACUCUGCUUUGCUUCCGCCUUGAUUACUUCAGAAAUGAAAUUCAGCAAACAUUUAUUGAGUGGUGCAUGGAGAUGAACACUCGGAGUGAAGAGCCUCGGAUUCCUGUCCUGGCUCUGCCACGCUGACUGGCUGUGUGGCCUUGAACAAGUCCCUUGUCUUCCUGAUGCUUUAACUUCCCUUUGAAUGAAAUGGGUAAGUGCCUUCUUACUGGCAGGCUCUUGUCCAGUUCUCCCUUCCUGUCCUCCAGCAGGCUCUUCCCGGAGGCUCAGACCCCUCUGCUCCCCAUGGGCAGCUGCCAGGCAGGGCACUACCUGCAUCUCUGCCUGGCCCACAACCCACCUCUGGUCUGUGCCACUUUGAUCCUGCUUCUUCUUGGCCUUUCUGGCCUGGGUCUUGGUGGCUUCCUCCUCACCCACAGAACUGACCUGCGCAGCCCUGACAUCCCCCAGGACUGGGUCUCCUUCUUGAGAUCUUUUGGCCAGCUGACCCUGUGCCCCGUGAAUGGGACAGUCACAGGGAAGGGGCGUGGGUCUCAUGUCGUGGGCUUACUGACCACCUUGAACUUUGGAGAUGGUCCAGACAGGAACAAGACCCAAACAUUCCAAGCCCAGGUCCAGGGUAGUCGGAUGGGAUUGAAAGGAUCUUUUGCAGGGGAGCUGGUCCUCGUUACGGCCAGGGUGACCACAGAAAGGACCCCAGGAACCUGCCUUUAUUUUAGUGCUGCUCCACAAAUCCUGCCCUCCAGCCAGCCACCGAUACCCUGCUCAGAGGAGGGAGCAGGAAAUGCCACCCUGAGCCCUCGAAUGGCUGAGGAGUGUGUCAGUGUCUGGAGCCACGAAGGUCUUGUGCUCACCAAGUUGCUCACCUCGGAGGAGCUGACUCUGUGUGGCUCUCGGCUGCUGGUUUUGGGCUUCUUCCUGAUCCUGUUCUGUGGCCUCUGCUGUCUCACUGCUGCGUGCUUCCAUCCGCGCCGGGAGUCCCACUGGUCUAGAACCCGGCUCUGAGGGCUCUGGCCUAGUUCCCGUCUCGUUCUCAGGUGUGGAUCAACUUCUUGGGCUUUGAUUCUGAGUUGGAAGAGAUGUUACAAAAAGUGGAGAGCUGGAAUAUGGGAGGAAAUAAAAGGCUUUUUUGCUCAGUG